GCCAGUAAUCGCUCGUCUUCGUACGCACUUUUGAAAACACGACUUUUAGAGAGUUGCGAGUUACUAUAUACUAACUAUACUGAACGUCGCGUAAAUGGCGAAAUAUAUACUACGACAUUAGGGUAAAGUGAGAUCUUUUUGAGCGGAGGAGUGCUUUAUUGGUCCGUUAGUGCGAUAAACUUUUCGUGUCACUGACGGACCAAGCGCGACGAUAUUGUUACGUUGUUUUUCGCAGUGAAGAACGACACGUCUUUAGAAGGAUGGCGACCUGACCCCUUCCGAAUAAUGGAAUACUGUGCACAACGAUUGUCAGUUUGAGGUAUACUUAGGUAAUUGGUGCUAUAAAACUUACAAGAUGGCUGAUGUUGAUCCUGAAACUUUAUUGGAAUGGCUCAGUAUGGGCCAAGGAGAUGAAAGAGACAUGCAGUUAAUUGCUUUAGAGCAAUUGUGCAUGUUAUUGCUCAUGUCUGAUAAUGUUGAUCGAUGCUUUGAAUGCUGUCCUCCACGCACAUUUCUUCCUGCAUUAUGUAGAAUUUUUUUGGAUGAACUUGCACCAGAUAGUGUUUUAGAAGUGACAGCUAGAGCUAUUACAUAUUACUUUGAUCUUUCACCAGAAUGUAUACGCAGAGUAAUAGCCAUGGAAGGUGCUGUGAAAGCUAUUUGCAGUCGUUUAUCUGGAGCUGGAUUAGGUUCUAGAACUAGUAGGGACCUAGCUGAACAAUGCAUAAAGGCAUUAGAACUUGUCUGUGCAAGGGAAGCGGGUGCUGUGCUCGAAGCUGGUGGUCUCCCAUGUGCUUUAUGCUUUAUUCGGGAGCAUGGAGCUCUUGUUCACAGGGAUACACUACAUUCAGCAAUGGCUGUGGUGACCCGUUUAUGUGGGAAAGUAGAACCUCAAGAUAAAUCUUUGCCAGAUUGUGUUGAAGCUUUAUCAAUGUUACUUAGACAUGAAGAUGCACAUGUUGCUGAUGGAGCACUCCGUUGUUUUGCAUCAUUGGCUGAUAGAUUUUCAAGAAGAAACACGGAUCCUGCACCAUUAGCCUCCCAUGGAUUAGUUUCUGAACUUUUGUAUAGGUUAUCAAAUGCAGCAGGGCCUGGUACAUCAAUAGCAACUACUUCUGGAAAUCCAAAAACACCUCCACCAUCUAGUACAGCUACAACACUUCCUACUCCUGAAGCGAAUUCUUGCGCAUCUGUUUCUACUAUAAUUAGUCUUCUAUCAACACUUUGCAGGGGAUCACCAUCUAUAACUCAUGACCUUUUACGUUCUGAACUACCAGACGCGAUUGAGAAAGCUUUAAAAGGAGAUGAACGAUGUGCACUUGAUUCCAUGAGAUUAGUUGAUUUAUUGUUAGUUUUAUUAUUCGAAGGAAGGUCAGCAUUAGGCCGCAAUACAAGCGGUGGUCCAUCCGGUCCCGUGUUACCACGAUUUAGGCGUCCAGAAAGCGCUGGUGAAAAAUCUCAUAGACAGUUGAUUGAUUGCAUUCGGUCAAAGGACACAGAUGCGUUAAUAGAAGCCAUAGAUUCUGGAGGCAUUGGAGUUAAUUUUAUGGAUGAUGUUGGACAAACAUUGCUUAAUUGGGCAUCCGCAUUCGGAACUCAAGAAAUGGUUGAAUUCUUGUGUGAUAGAGGAGCAGAUGUUAAUAAAGGUCAAAGAUCUUCUAGUCUGCAUUAUGCUGCUUGUUUUGGAAGACCAGCUAUUGCUAAAGUAUUACUUAGACAUGGGGCAAACCCUGAUUUGCGAGAUGAAGAUGGGAAAACGCCAUUGGAUAAAGCUAGAGAACGUGUAGACGAAGGUCAUAGAGAAGUUGCAGCUAUAUUACAAUCUCCUGGAGAAUGGAUGUUGCCAAAUCAAGAACAUAGGAAACCAGAAACAGAAGCAGAAUUCACAGAACCAAAAGGUGAUCCUGAAAUGGCUCCAGUAUACUUAAAAAGAUUAUUGCCAGUAUUCUGUGCAACAUUUCAAUCAUCUAUGUUGCCAAGCAUUAGGAAAGCCAGUUUAAGUUUAAUCAGGAAGAUGGUGCAUUAUAUUCAACCAGAAUUACUUAUUGAAACAUGUGGUUCUGAUAGAAUGGGAAGCUGUGGUGCUAUGCUUGUAGAAGUAAUUGCCAAUGUACUGGACAAUGAGGAGGAUGAGGAUGGACACUUAGUGGUUUUGCAAAUGAUACAAGAUUUGAUGAUAAAAGGCAAAGAUGAAUUUCUAGAACAUUUUGCUCGUUUGGGAGUCUUUUCAAAAGUUGCUGCAUUGGCUGGACCACAAGAGGCUGUUCCAGAACCAGAAGCAGAAUCAAAUCAAUCUGAAGAACAAAGAAUGGAAGAUGCGAGAGAACUUUUAAUUGGAAGAGCUUAUCAUUGGAGAGAUUGGUGUAUUUGUAGAGGUCGUGAUUGCUUAUAUGUCUGGUCUGAUGCAGCAGCUUUAGAACUAUCAAAUGGAAGUAAUGGAUGGUUUAGAUUUAUACUCGAUGGAAAAUUAGCAACGAUGUAUUCUAGCGGCAGUCCAGAAGGCGGGACAGACACAUCAGGAAAGGGGAGGAACACAGAGUCGCUUACAACUGAAGAAAACCGUGGCGAGUUUUUGGAAAAAUUACAAAGAGCACGAAGUCAAGUUAAACCAAAUUCUGUGAGUCAACCUGUACUUUCACGUCCUGGUACGACCCGCCUAGUGGUAGGAAAUUGGGCAUUAUCCAGUAGAAAAGAAAGUGAAUUGUGCAUACAUAAUAGCGAUGGUCAACAACAAGCAACAAUUUUACGAGAAGACUUACCAGGAUUUAUUUUUGAAUCAAAUCGUGGUACUAAGCAUUCCUUUACAGCAGAAACAAGUUUGGGUCCAGAAUUUGCAGCAGGUUGGGCUGGUAAAAGAGGAAAAAGAUUGAGAUCUAAAAUUGAAGCUAUUAAACAAAAAGUUAAAGUACAAGCUCAGGAUAUUUAUGAAUGUUAUUUUAAGGCUGCCCAAGCACAGCCACGUGGAGUAGUUGCUAAACUAGGAACUAUUGUUAGUCAAAUAGAAAAAGCUUGCCAAAAACAACAAUCGGGAAAUCGAGAGUGGCGUAAUAUACUACAAAGUGCACUGGAAGAACUUAAAGAUUUAUUAAACGAGGAAGGGAGAGUUUCUGCAUACGAACUUCAUUCUAGCGGGCUUGUGCAAACUUUACUUUCAUUAUUAGCAGCUCCACCAGGACCACAACCACCUACAUUACGAGCAACAAAACUCAGGAUGCAAAGAAUAGCAAUAUUUAAAAACUGUUUUCACUCAAAAGACGCUAACAAAGAGCAUAAUUCUGCUAAAAUUCUAGUCCAUAAAUUGGUUUCAGUUUUAGAAUCUAUUGAAAAAUUACCUGUUUACUUGUAUGAUACACCAGGUUCAGGUUAUGGCUUACAAAUUUUAACAAGAAGAUUGCGUUUUCGAUUGGAAAAGGCAACUGGUGAAAGUUCUUUAAUUGAUAGGUCUGGUCGAAGUUUAAAAAUGGAACCAUUAAGUACUAUACAACAAUUGGAAAACCAUUUAUUGAAAAUGGUAGCAAAGCAAUGGCAUGAUCACGAUAGGUCAACCUUUACAUUUGUUAAGAAAUUAAAAGAUAGAAAUAGGAUAACUUUUAAAUAUCAGUAUGAUUUUGAUGAAAAUGGAUUGUUGUAUUGGAUUGGUACAAAUGCAAAAACUUGUACCGAAUGGGUUAAUCCCGGUCAAUAUGGUUUAGUCGUCGUUACAUCGAGUAAUGGAAGAAAUCUUCCAUAUGGCCACCUUGAAGAUAUCUUAAGUCGAGAUCCAUCAGCAUUAAACUGUCAUACAAACGAUGAUAGGCGUGCAUGGUUUUCGAUUGAUUUAGGAGUUUGGAUUAUUCCAAGCGCUUACACAUUGAGGCACGCAAGAGGCUAUGGUAGGAGUGCCUUGCGGAAUUGGAUGUUUCAAGCAUCAAAGGAUGGUGUUAUUUGGACAACAUUAUACGCUCAUGUAGAUGAUUCAUCAUUAAAUGAGCCUGGUAGUACAGCUAGUUGGACAUUAGAGCCACCAGCUGAUGAAACACAGGGCUGGCGUCAUUUAAGAUUACAACAAAUUGGAAAGAAUGCUUCUGGUCAAACACAUUAUUUAUCUGUAUCUGGAUUUGAAGUUUAUGGGGAAGUUACUGGAGUUUGCGAAGAUUUGGGACGUGCAGCUAGAGAAGCUGAAGCUGGAGUUCGAAAACAACGAAGAUUAAUUAAAGCUCAAGUUCUCCGUCAUCUAGUCGCUGGUGCUAGAGUGGCUAGAGGUUUGGAUUGGAAAUGGAGAGAUCAAGAUGGUGUCCCGCCUGGCGAAGGCACAGUAACAGGGGAAUUACACAAUGGUUGGAUAGAUGUAACAUGGGAUCACGGUGGUUCUAAUUCUUAUAGAAUGGGUGCAGAAGGAAAAUACGAUUUAAGAUUAGUUGGUACUGGUCUUGAUACAGAUAGUGGAGCAAAAAGUAAAAAUGGUGGCGGAGUUUUAACAGGACGAAAAUCCAGUAGUACUCCUAGUUUACCAGAUUGUACUGAUACUGCAAUGCGUGGUUCAGUAGCUUCUACAGAUCAAGCAGCAAGUGCGGAUAAUUUAGCAGUUAAGCAAGCCGUUGAGUCGAUAGCUGAAAAUGUGUUGUCGGUUGCUCGCGCUGAAGCGGUUGUUGCUGUAACCGGUGAAGGUGGGGCAAAUUCAACGAGCGAAUUGUCCGUUGUAUUACAUCCCAGGCCUGACACUACUGUGACAAGUGAUCUGGCAACAAUUGUUGAGAGUCUUGCCCUUAACACUGAUUGUCCUGCCAAUAGUAACAGCAAUCGAGCAUCUAGUAGCUCAAAACCAUUUUUUGCAACUGUGCGAGGAAAUAAGCCAGGGUCAGGCCUAUUGAGUCUUGAAGCUACUGAAGUGUUGGAUCGUGUCAGAGAAGGAGCCGACAGAUUACGCAAUAAUACUAAUAGCUUUUUGAGUGGAGAAUUACUUAGUUUAGUGCCUGUUAGAAUCAGUGUGUCAGGUGAAUUAGAAGAGAAUUCAUUAAGGAUUAAAUCUGUUCAGAGGCAUCACUCCGGGAUUACUGAUGCUGCCAAAGAAUGUAGUCGGGACAAAGAAGCUAGCUCAUCUACACAAAAUACGGCAGGUGGAUGUCCUGUUGUUGUUACCAAUCCUAUGUCUGUGUCUGUUCCUAACCUUGCUUGUUCUGAUGCUAACAAUACUUUGGAACCAACAACUGCAUCUGGUUUAUUAGAAACCUUCACUGCAAUGGCGCGAAGACGAACAUUGGGACCCACAGGUGGACAACAUAUUGCUUCCAAUUCUAAUGCUGGUUCAAAUUCACGUGGACCUAAUUCUGUAUCGAGUUUAGUUCGACUUGCCUUGAGUCCUAAUUUUCCUGGAGGUUUACUUAGUACUGCUCAAAGUUAUCCAAGUUUAACCAGCAGUGGUCAAGUAGCUGGUAGUGGUGUUACGACAACGACUGGACCCGGCCUAGGACAAGCACUUACAAUGUCAUUGACUAGUACAAGUAGUGAUAGUGAACAGUUAUGGCUACAGGUUAGUCUUGAAGAUUUUUUGGAAUCUUGCGGCGGUAUUGCAAGUUCUAGUGCUAGUGGAGGUAGAACAACAGGUGGACCAACUCUUUUGACUGAAUUAGAAGACGAUGAAGAUGGCGUUCUUGAAGAAGAAGAAGACAACGAUGAAAAUGAUCAAGAAGAAGAUGAUGAAGAAAAUGAAGAAGAAGGAGAGGGUUGUGAUGGUGAUUAUGAAGAUGUAAUGGUAAGUCGUAAUCUUCUAGCAGCGUUUGUGGAAGAAGAAACUCCUCAAAAUAGCAAGAGACGUGCAUGGGAUGAUGAGUUUGUUUUGAAACGGCAAUUCUCUGCUCUGAUUCCUGCCUUUGAUCCACGACCUGGACGAACUAAUAUUAAUCAGACCACUGAUUUGGAGAUUCCACCACCUGGUAGUGAAACUCAGUCAAAUACACGCUCAGGCUCAUUGCCAAUGCCGAAACUUUCUUUAACACUAAAAGGACCAGGCCUUCCUGGAGUAUCAGAUGUUGAACUAGCUCUUACAGAACCACACGCCAGCAUUUUCCAACAAGUACAAGAAUUAAUGCAACUGACAGAAUUGGGUAGUCGACAAGAAAAAUUAAGAAGAAUAUGGGAACCAACUUACACUAUAAUAUAUAAAGAAGCAAAGGACGAAGAAUCAUCUGGAAGAGCAACACCAGUUGUUACAUUAUAUUCUCGUAAUACAGCACAAAAUUCUUCAGUAUGUAGUGUAGAGGAUGUAUUGCAACUAUUGAGGCAUGUUUAUGUAUUAAGCACUACUAAUGAUGAUGGUAAACACAUCGAUUAUGAAGAACUUGAGGAAUCAACAUGUUGGGUUCAUCCCGAUGACUUUACUUCAAAGAAAAUUACAAACAAGAUAGUACAACAAAUUCAAGAUCCUCUAGCAUUAGCUGCCGGGGCUUUACCGAAUUGGUGCGAAGAACUAGCAAGAAGUUGUCCAUUUUUAUUACCCUUUGAAACUAGACGAUUGUACUUUAGUUGUACUGCCUUCGGAGCCUCGCGAUCCAUUGUGUGGCUUCAAACACAAAGAGAUGCUGUUCUUGAAAGACAAAGAGCACCAGGUUUAAGCCCACGACGUGAUGACAUUCAUGAGUUCCGCGUUGGGAGACUUAAACACGAAAGAGUUAGUGUACCUAGGGGAGAGAAACUAUUAGACUGGGCAGAACAAGUAAUGAAGGUACAUGCAAGUCGGAAGAGCAUACUAGAAGUGGAAUUUGUCGGCGAAGAAGGAACUGGUCUUGGACCAACAUUAGAGUUCUUUGCACUAGUUGCUGCUGAACUACAACGUAAAGACUUAGGUUUAUGGUUAUGUGAUGAUGAAAAUUCGCCUGAUACGGAUCAAUCACGAGUUUCUGGAGAUCAGGUUCGACCUCCUGGAUAUUAUGUAACUCGACCGAGUGGACUGUUUCCUGCUCCUUUACCACAAGAUUCUGCAGCUUGUGAUCGUGCUAUUCGACAUUUCUGGUUUUUGGGCGUCUUUUUGGCAAAAGUUUUGCAGGAUAAUAGAUUAGUAGAUUUACCAUUAUCCCGUCCUUUCUUAAAAUUAAUGUGUCACGGAGACAUCACAAACAAUGUAAAUGAAAAGAUUGGUCUUAGUGGUGUAACACAAGAAAGUAUAUCUUCAAGUAUGUCGAGUAGCUUUAUAUCCGAAGAGGGUGAAGCAGAUACAGCAUACUCCUCGUUAGAACCACCUUCUUGGUAUGCUGGAUUAUUGGAUAUUGAAGAUCUAGUACUUGUCGAUCCAGUAAGAGGUGAAUUCUUGAAAGAGGUACAAACGGCAAUUGCUAAACGUGAUAGAACGCUUUCCGAUGGUCGUAAUUCUACCGACGAAGAAACGACAUUAAAUAUUACUCAUUCAUCCGGAAUGUCAGUGCCUAUUGAAGAUUUGUCUUUAACAAUGACAUAUUCUCCAAGUUCCAAAAUCUUUGCAUAUAAUCAGGUAGAAUUAAUAGAAGGAGGUGCGGAGAUUUCAGUUACUAUGGAAAAUGCAAGAGAAUACGCUGAGACGACAAUUAAUUUCUGUCUUGAUCGAGGAAUUUCAAGACAACUAGAAUCGUUUAAAUCUGGUUUUUCAAAAGUCUUCCCAAUGGAAAAACUUCAUGCUUUCAGUCCGGAAGAAGUAAGGGCUAUGCUUUGUGGAGAACAAAACCCACAAUGGACCAGAGAGGACCUGCUAAAUUAUACUGAGCCAAAACUAGGUUACACAAGAGAAAGUCCUGGUUUCCAAAGAUUUGUCAAUGUUCUACUUUCAUUGACUGGUCCCGAAAGGAAGGCUUUCUUACAAUUUGCUACUGGAUGUUCAGCUUUACCUCCCGGGGGAUUAUGUAAUUUACAUCCCAGAUUGACUGUUGUGCGGAAAGUAGAUGCUGGUUCAGGUGGUUAUCCCUCUGUUAACACCUGUGUUCAUUAUUUAAAAUUACCAGAAUAUCCCACUGAAGAAAUACUUAAAGAAAGACUCUUGGCAGCAACUAGAGAGAGAGGAUUUCACUUAAAUUAAUCUCGUUUCUUCUCAGGCAAAGAACUGCUACGAUAACGCAGUAAGAAAUAUUCGCUCUUAAAAUGAGCGAAUCGAACUUUGCUCCACAGAUUAUAUUGUGUAAUCUAUACGCAAAAGUCGAGUUUGGUCUUGAUGUUAUCUACAAAAAGCUAAAAUAAUUGUUUAAUAAGAAUCAGUAUAGGUUUACAAAAACAAUUUAGUGCAUCCUGGAACGGAAAUAUUUACAAUAUCCAAAAUUAUUUAAAAGAAAUUAAUAAGAAUUCAUAAUGUAUCAUAAAUAUUUAAAUAUUUAAUGUUAUUGUUGAUAUGUUUAAAUUUGUCUAUUUUGAUAAAUAUCUAUAAUUUAAAAGAUAACAAAUUAUUUCUUUAUUACUUUAUGUUAUGCGUUUAAGUUGUAUUGUUUGAACUGAUAUUAGUUUUUUAUAGAGUAAACUGAUCUUUAAAUUAAUAUUGUGAUAUGCACUGUAGUAUGAUAUCAAAUGCUUAUUUAAUGUAAAAAGUUAACUUACAAUUUAAUAACAUAGGUUAUCCGUUCCAGGUAUUGGCUACAAUUAUAUUAUAAAUUGUCCAGAUACAAUAGAAAUUGUAUUUUCUCAGCAAAUGUAAUUUAUGCGAGUGUUUUCAAGUAUAUUUGCUAUUCUUGUGGAACAAAAACUUUACAGUUCCUCAUUUUAAAACGAAUGUUCGUAUUGUCUUCUUUAUGGAAUAUUGUCAUGUUUGGAAAGUAAUUCAUAUGUAAAAAAGAAAAGGGGUUAUCUUUAAUGAAAGUUUUAUUUUCUUUAUCAGAAUGCCUCUCACAUAUAUGUAUACAGCGUUAUAAAAACUUAUAAGAUGUGAAUCAAAAUUUACUUGUGCAAAGUGCUAAGUUUUUAUCAAUCACAAUGAAAACGAUGUUUUUUAGCAUCUAGACCAAUUUUCACAGCUUCAAAUAUUUGUUCUUUUAACUAAAUAUCAAUGCAUCACCAUGUUUAUAAAGACGCGCGAGUGUCUAAAUAUAAUACACGAAAAAGAAGAUAUAAAAUGUUUGAAAGCAUUUUGAUGAAAAUGUUAUAAAGACUUGGCAAGCUGAGCACUCUGCAUCUUUGUACAAUAUGCUACUUAAUGCUCACUCAAUAAUUAUAAUUAUAGGCGGAAAUCAGUAUACUUGUAAUAAUAGUGUCUAGAAGAAGAUAUGAAAAUAAUAUAAAUGUGAAAAGAUUGAUUAACGAUAUCGAUAUGAGGAAUAGUUACUAUUACUGUAAUAUAAAUUAUUAUUGAUUCUUGGGGAAAGAAUAAAAGAAAAAAACGUUAUAAAGUAUAA